AUGUUUACGGAGCACCCAGGAACAACCGAUGUUCUAGAACAUGGGAUUGAUACUGGUACUGCGAGGCCCUGGCGGUGUAACCCCAGGCCCCUCAGCACGCGUAAGAGGGAUCUCCUUGACGCGGCGCUGGAUGAGAUGAUUGCGACAGGCGCGGUUAGGCGGUCGCAGAGCCCCUGGGCUUUCCCGGUGGUGCUGGCACCUAAAAAAGAUGGGACGGCAAGGCUGUGUGUGGAUUUUCGCCAGUUAAACGCCGUGACGGUCAGAGAUGCUUAUCCUUUUCCGUCCAUCGAGUCGAUCAUGUACGCGUUGGGGAAUGCCAGCGUGUUCACGAUUUUGGACUGUAGCAGGGGCUUUCUGCAGAUUCCUGUAGGGGAGGAGGAUAUCCAAAAGACGGCAUUCACGUGUCACAGAUGCUUGUUUAAAUUUACGAGACUCCUUUUUGGAUUGUCCAACUCGGCCGCUAGUUUCCAGAGGCUAAUGGACGUCGUGCUAGAUGACGCGAAGUUCAAUUAUGCCAUGGCUUACAUGGACGACGUAGUGGUAUUUUCUAAGUCGUUCGAUGAGCAUCUCGUUCACUUGGGCAAUGUGCUAAGUCGGAUGAGGGACGCGGGGUUGACCAUUAAUCCCGGCAAAGUUCAGCUUGCAUCCCCCAAGGUGGAUCUCCUUGGUUUUGUAGUUGAUCUUGGUACGCUAAGUCCGAAUAAGGAUAAAUUGAGGGCCAUACUCGAGUAUCCUCGUCCGCAUGACGUCAAGAGCCUUCAGAGGUUCCUAGGAAUGGUUGGCUUCUAUCGCCAGUUCAUCCCGCAUUGCGCGUCCUUAGCAAAACCACUGUACGAGCUACUGCGGAAGAAUUCCCAGUGGGCUUGGGGGCCUAGGCAGGAGGAGGCGUUUCGCUCCUUAUCACAAGCUAUAGCGUAUACAGCUAAAUUGUGGUUGCCAGAUCUUAACAAGCCGUUCGUUAUGCAAACUGAUGCAAGCGAUUACGGGCUUGGUGCACUGUUGCUACAGGAACACGACGGUGGUCUAUGCCCGGUCGGGUUCGCUAGUCGCACACUGUCGCCGGCGGAGAUGAACUAUUCCGUUACGGAGAAGGAGUGCUUGGCGGUAAUGUUUGGCUUGAAAAAGUUCGACAUGUAUUUGGAUGGGACAACUUUUACCAUUCAGACCGACCACCAAGCACUCUCUUGGCUGCAGCGGUUGAAGAAACCGUCAGGCAGAUUAGCACGCUGGGCGUUAGCACUUCAGGGCUAUUCCUACCAUGUAGAAUACCUGAAAGGAAACGCGAACAAAGUGGCAGACGCUUUGUCCCGUGCGCCACUGGGUUACAGCUGUGAAUUACAGCAGGAAUCUCAGUGUCAGGGCAGGUCAUCGACCGGUUGUGUGGGUGACUUGGACCUGGUUAGAGCCACUAGACGCGGGAGGUCCUCUCUCCCAGCGGAAGAGAGAGGAGGGGAGAUUGGGUGCGCGUGCGAUUACGCUAGUCUCCCGGAAGGCGUGGAACGGCAGACCGAGGAGGGGGAUCUCGUGGCCGCGAUUGGUUUGAAUCGGGCAGGUAACUCCUUGUCUUGUGGCACGAUCGUAAGCAGGGAAGAGCUCUUAGAGGCACAGAAGUCGGACGGUUUAUGUCAGCGGGUGUCGGAAAAGCUGGCGGAUAAUAGCGCAGCUGACACCGGUAACGCUGGCAGGGAUGACGACGGGUGCCUCGACUCAUAUCUCUUGAGUGAGGACGGGCUUUUGCUGCGAUAUGUGCCCGGGUUAGACGAGGAGGACGAGAGUGUUUCCCCCUUCAAGGUCGUAGUUCCCAGGAAAUUGCGAAGGGUGUUUAUGCGUUAUUUCCAUGACUCAGCCCUUGCGGGUCACGGCGGUGGCAGCAAGACAUUUCAUAAGUUAUGCCGCGUCGCGACCUGGCCGGGGAUGAGGCACGAUGUUAUGCGCUUUACCCGGAGCUGCCCCGUGUGCCAGAAAGCAAAACCAAGGGGUGGUAAACCCCCAGGGUUCAUGCAGCCAGUAGUCAGCAGCUACCCCUGGCACAUAGUAGCGUGUGACGUAAUGGGUCCAUUUCCCAGAAGUCCACGGGGGAAUCAGUACCUGUUGGUGGUUACUGACCACUUUUCUAAGUGGGUGGAGUUAUUCCCGCUUAGGAAGCUGGUGUCGGAGCGAAUAUGCGACCGGCUGAUGGAGACCUUUUCCCGGUUCGGUUUUCCGGCACAGUUGAUCACUGACAACGCCAGUUAUUUCACUGGCCGAGUCUUUGUCGACUCUUGCGCUGCACUGGGUAUUCAGCACAAGAGAACGACGACGUAUCAUCCCCAGGCGAACAUUACUGAAAGAGUGAAUCGCAACCUUAAGCAUAUGUUGGUAGCUCUAACCGACAGGCACAAGGAUUGGGAUGUACGUCUUACUGAGUUGGGAUUUGCAACCAGGACGACAGUAAACAGGUCAACGGGGUUUUCCCCGGCAUACCUUAACUUUGGGAAGGAGGUUGCUUUCCCAUUGGAGAACGGACUGAGACAGUGCACGGAGCCGAUUGCUCGGAAUCUGUCGAGGUACGCGAGCGAGUUGCGUAGUCGGCUCUCGGGUGCGGUGAAUUCCGCAAGAGAGAGCUUGGACGCCGCCCGCUCGGAACAAGCGCGUCAGUACGGUAAGGGGCACCGUCCUCUGUCAUAUGAAGUAGGGGAUUUGGUCUUGAAGCGCACACACCCGCUGAGCAACGCUGCUAUAGGUUUCGCAGCGUCACUGGCGCAGUGCUGGGAGGGACCUUUUCGGGUGAUUUCCCGAUUAUCUCGCUUGUCGUACCGACUCCGUCGUGUGAACACGGCGGAGGAAACUGGACCCGUUCACGUUGGCGACUUAAAACGCUAUCAUGAACGCGACCACGCGGCGGACGAGGGGGACGAGUCUAUCCGCCCACCUAAUCAGCUGCAGGGUGACCAGGGCGGCUUUAGCCCAAGGACCCCCAACCCCAGGCAUGCCACUCCGAACGCGGUCAACAGGGACCGUUCGAUGACGAGGAGCACCCGUCUCCCGAGAAGAGGCUCGAGGUCUGCGCCCUCGGCCGGACCCACCCCGCGGGCGACUCCUAGUCACCACUCCGUGGCCACCUGGACCGUGCAGGUCGGGGAGGAGCCAGUGUGCUUCGUCUCGUCGCGACGGUGGCGCGACCAGCCGCGACCGCUGCGCGGAGCCGACCCUGGCUCAGUGGCAGCCACCUUCCGGGGCCAUCUCCUGUCCGACCGGCACCCCUCGGAGCCCCCGGCCGUCUACACGGAGGAGGAGACGGCUCGUCUCUGCAGGACCUGCGGUGGGUUGGUAAUCCACCGCACAACCCACGAGCUGGGUGACCGUCACCGGACCGCAGUGGCCGCCCGAACACCGGCAGUCCCGGACGCUCCACCUGCGCCCUCCGCCGAGGACGCUGUCGCCGCCGCCCUGCGGAUCCUUCGGGAGUUUCGGCCGGAGCUUCUGCUGGAGGCCGGGUCACCGCCGCGCGGCACAGCCGCCGCCGGGGACCUUCCCACCGCUGGCGUCACCCUCAACCCGGUGCCCCCCAGCGACCAGGCCCCGCAGUCGACCGCUGCGUUCGACCAGGAACUCAUGGACUUUCUGGGUUCGAACCCCCCGUCGGGGCCUUAG